CGGUGGGAUCAGGGCCCGGGGCUGGGAGUGCGGCGAGCGAGCGGACGGGCAGCGGAGGCCUCGCAGCGGCUGCGGCGGCGGCUCAAGGCGCAGGCGUGGUCCGUUGGGUGCGAAUCCGCUGAGUCCACGAGCAGCUUCUCAGCCCUCUCCCCUGCCCGUCGGAACCGGCAACAGGGACCCGCUUAGCCGGCAUCACCAUGACCAAGGCCGGCGGCAAGGGCGGGAACCUCCGCGACAAGCUGGACGGCAAUGAGCUGGACCUGAGCCUCAGCGACCUGAAUGAGGUCCCCGUGAAGGAGCUGGCUGCACUCCCAAAGGCCACUGUAUUGGAUCUGUCCUGCAAUAAACUGAGCACUCUUCCGUCGGAUUUCUGUGGCCUCACACACCUGGUGAAGUUGGACCUCAGCAAGAACAAGCUGCAGCAGCUGCCUGCAGACUUUGGCCGCCUGGUCAACCUUCAGCAUUUGGAUCUCCUCAACAACAGGCUGGUCACCCUGCCUGUCAGCUUUGCUCAGCUCAAGAAUCUGAAGUGGCUGGAUCUGAAAGACAAUCCCCUGGAUCCUGUCCUGGCCAAGGUGGCAGGAGAUUGCUUGGAUGAGAAACAAUGUAAGCAGUGUGCGAAUAAGGUCUUACAGCACAUGAAGGCCGUGCAGGCGGAUCAGGAACGCGAGCGGCAGCGCCGGCUGGAAGUGGAGCGAGAGGCAGAGAAGAAGCGGGAGGCCAAGCAGCAAGCUAAGGAAGCAAAGGAGCGCGAGUUGCGAAAGCGGGAGAAGGCAGAGGAGAAGGAGCGCCGAAGGAAGGAGUACGAUGCCCAGAAAGCUUCCAAGAAGGAGCAGGAGAAGAAGCCCAAGAAGGAAACAAAUCAGGCCCCAAGUAGGUUUGCUUUCUGUUAGCAGCAUGCAGGGGCG